CUAAAAAUUUUCCAUAAAAUACCGAUUUCCAUAUCCUUUUUAUCAAAAAUAUGAAGUGGCGGCUGAGGUCUCCAGUAAAGAGAUUGCACGUGAAAGUGAAGCCAUUGAAGCUUGAAGGGAUAACUAGAAAUGAGGAAGAAGAUGAUAAGAAAAUCGUGUUGAUUGAAAUGGUGUGGAGAGGACCCAAGUCUAGUUUGGUUUCGUUUCAUAUAUCGUCGUCUUCAAGGCAUAAAAGGAAUCGCAGCAGUGAGAAAAUUUUAGGAAAUGGGGAAUCAAUUGAAUGGGAGGAUGAUGAAUUUGACAACUUGUGUGAUUUCCCAGUAGUUUCCAAAGAUCUUGGUUUCGGUUCCUGGGAUGUUUUGUUCGAUGUCUUGCUUGGAAAGAAUUGCGAAGAAAAAAGUAAACUGGCGGUGGCGGGGAAAGUUUCUUUGGAUUUGGCAAAGCUGGUUUCUGAAAUGGAGUGUUCCGAGAUUGAAAGAAAGCUUCCCAUCACGUUGAACGUGAAUGGUGUGGUCAUCGAAGCUACUCUUUCCAUAUUGGUGAGUUUUGCGGAGGUGAGAGACACGACAGGAGGUGCCCAAAACUCAGUCGAGUCAAACAAGGAAGAUGGGUUCUUCAAGAUGGUGAAGAGGUUAACCCGCCGGAAGGAGAAAAAGAAUAACUAUCAACUGAAUUCCUUUGACUCUGAUGAGUCCCUGGUAUUUGACUCGGAUGGUAUGAAUGGGGAUGACUCUACCACCACGAGUGAAAGCAGCAGUGGCGAGCUGAGUUUAGGACCUGAGUUGGAAUCGUCCCGAAAUUUGGAAACUCGGUUGGGACCGGCCCAGAACUACAUGGUAAGGAUGUUGUCGUGGAAGAAAAGACGAUUAAGUUUUAGAACGUCCGCGAAGAAAACAGAGCUCUUGGGUUUUGACUUUGACCGGCACCCUGAAACCUGUUCUGUCGUUGACUCCCAGAAGGGAGAAUAUUGGUGGGAAGUGAAAGAAUUAGUGAGCAGAAAUGGAGCAGCAAGGCUGAAAGCUCAAGUGUUCUUUGCUUCCUUUGACCAACGAAGCGAAAGAGCCGCUGGGGAGAGUGCCUGCACCGCUCUGGUCGCCGUCAUCGCUCACUGGCUCCAUUCAAACCAUGCCUCCAUGCCAACGAGACCUGAAUUCGAUAACCUCAUAACACAAGGUUCCUCUGAAUGGCGUAAGCUCUGCUCCAACACAGCUUACACCAAUGCCUUCCCCGAUAAACAUUUCGAUCUCGAGACCGUCCUAAAAGCCGAUGUCAGGCCCGUCACCGUCUCCCAUGAAAAAUCAUUCACGGGGUUUUUCAGCCCCGAUAAAUUCGAGUGCUUGAAAGGAGCAAUGUCUUUCGAUGAGAUAUGGAACGAAAUAAAAAGCAGCGAAACAAACAAUUGUCAGCCGAGGGUGUAUAUCAUCAGCUGGAACGAUCAUUUCUUCGUGUUGAAGGUCGAAUCGAAGGCAUAUUACAUCAUCGAUACGUUGGGUGAGCGGCUAUUCGAGGGGUGCAAACAGGCGUACAUGUUGAAGUUCGAUGAUUCAAGUUUGAUGUACGGGAAGAAGAAGAAGAAGGAUGAUGAGAUGGCAAUAUGUAGCGGGAAAGAAUGUUGCAGGGAAUAUAUAAAAAGAUUCCUAGCGGCCAUAGCAGUUGAGGAGCUUGAGGAAGAAGAGAAAAAGGGCAGAGUCUCUGCUUUCACUCUUCACCAGAGAUUGCAAAUUGAUUUUCAUUAUAGCUCUUUUUCUUCUGCAACUUCUUCGUCUCACUUCUUUUUUUAAGGCAAUGAACGAGUUAAAGACUUCUUUUUUCCUCACUUGGCCUCCAUAUAUUGUACAGUUUGUUUAGGUUUUAAUAUUUACACAUUAACUUCACACAUUUUUUUGAAAGGGAAAACUCCUUGGUCACAUCGUUGUAUUACACCUUUUGUAUGCCUUUAAUUAAUAAUCUAUGAAAUGUCAUUUCUAAACCUAA